UUUGCCUCGCAGUUCGAAUCAUUUUCUAAGUCUUGUGAAUAAGCAGCCUUACUACAGCCGCAGUAAAUGUUAAAAUGAUAAAUUAAUCGAAUUAAAUAUUAUAAACGGCCCCUUACUAGAAUGUAUCUUUUUCUAAAUGUUGUUGCAGUUUUAACUGUACUGGGAGGAACGUGUGAACAAAUUGGCAGACGCCGAGCCGUGCCUGUUAUAUAUCUCAGAGGGUCUCACUAUGAAGUCGGAUAUGAUGUGGGAAGAACGUUUUCCUCUUUAAUAAAAGAUUUCAUUGAUACUUAUGCAAAUCUUCGGGACUUCGAAAAGGAAUACAAAACGGAUGCUGGGAGAAAUGCGUACGAGAUAACUCUUGCCAACAUGAAAAAAAAGUAUCCUUUCUACAUCAAUGAAAUGCAAGGUGUCGCUGACGGUGCUAAAGUACCUUUUAAUGUGCUAUUUCUUCUGCAAAUGGAUGACAUUAUAGAAACGAUUAAUGAGAACCACAUCCCGAGACAAGACACGGGUGGAUGUUCUUCCAUUGGAAUACACACCGCUCAUGACGCUAUUCUGGGACACACUGAAGAUGCGUUUCAUGAAACUUUGAACCAUUUCUACAUAAUGUCGGCGCAUAUCAUUCCAACCGAGGAGGACAAAAAACUUGGGGCAGUUGAAGAGAGGUUUGCUUCGUUAUGUUACGCUGGUCACAUGCCGGGUUACACAAUGGGUUUCAACGCCAACGGAUUAGUUUUUUCCAUAAACACGCUCAGCCCCUUGAUCCUUAAACCUGGAAGCACUCCCCGGACCUUCAUUACUAGAGCUCUUUUAACAGCAAAGAAUUUUGAUGAUGCCGAAAAGAUUCUCCUUGACGAAGGACUUGGUGUUGCCAAUGGUUUCUCCGUCAACAUGAUAUGGUCGGACAUUAACAAUGUCCGCAAAAUAUACAACGUGGAAGUGGCACCCGAUCUUACUUCUAACAGAUCUUUGAUCAACGUUAAACAUUUUGAAAAUGAACCUCUUAUACACACGAAUAAAUAUCUGCGUCUCCAGUUGAAAGAGGUGAACGGCCCUAUAAUCGACAGUAGUAACGCUCGACUUGAGGCGAUAUACAAACAUCGCUCACCAAAGAAUAGGGACGACAUACAAAACAUACUGUCUGACACCUCGCGACAAGAUUUUCACGUGUUUCAAGAUCAAAAAGAAUCAGUCAUUAAGACUAUCGCAGCAGGUGUGUUUGACUUGGAGAAGAAAACUUGGAGCAUUUACAUCAAUAAGCCCAAUUCUUCAGAGCCCAUUGCAGUUUUACCAUUGCGAUUCACAAAUUUAGAAAAUUAAAGAUAAUAUUCUCAAUGCAAAACGAUAACAACGUCUGUAGGAUCUCAUUACCUUGUUAUCUUAAUAAGUUACAUUUUUAUUGUGUUUAGUGUUUGUGUGGAUUUACUUAAAUUUUAAACAUUCUUAUUAAAAUAUUCACUAUUUAAAAAAUUGUAUUGCUCUUAACAAAUAAACGUUAAUAUAAAAGAGAAAGAUAUAUUUCUCUUGGAUUUAUCAUGUGUGUUACAAUAUAUGUUAAUUUUAAUCGAAAUAAAUGAGUGAAAUAAUC